GUGCAUCAGUCUUCGAGUGUUGCGGAUCGGAGUGGGAGUGAUUUAGGUAACGCGUGUGCUUUGCGUAAAGCACAGAGAGGCACGGAAAGACAGACCGAGCGGCAAAGCAUAAAAGUAAGAGGACAACAAAUGCGAUAACCUCCUGGAUCCGACCUUAUCCGAGAACAUCAGUGCUCUCUUUUCUUCUCUAUUUAGAAUCUACCAUCUUAAAAUAAAAGCUUCCACUGGAAUUAUUGACUGAACUAAGAAUUUUCAAGCUGUUCCUAAAUUUCCCGGGAUCGUCUCGUUGCACAGGGUGUUCCCUUCUGGAAUUAAAACCCGAACGUCUGGGGUAAAAGAGGCUCAGAAAGACAGCCCACGCGAGCCAGACGGAGAGGGAGAAAGGAAGGUGCUCGUUCGGCGCAAGGGAGUUCGGCCAGUGUGCGCAUCGAUCUUUAGCCCGCUGCCCUCCAGCCACGGAGCCUCAUUGAGAGGAGCUGUCAGUCAUUGACGCAAGGGCGGUUCUGUGGAGAAUUGCAGCAGGCAGAGGAUUUGGGAGGAAAAACAGAAGCAUUCUCAGUGGAGCUGGGAGCGGCGAGGCUUAGUCCGGGCUCUCCCUUCCAUAAAGGCGAAGUGAAACGGUGCUCUCAGCCAUGGCCCGUCACAACCUCUGCCUCUUCAUCACGGUAUUUGCCACGCUUCAUCAGGCCUCCCCUUCUGGGGUGUUUGAGCUAAAACUACAAGAGUUUAACAAUCGCAAAGGUUUGAUUGGCAACGCGAACUGCUGCAAAGGCGGCACGGCUUCCAACUACGGGCUGCCUUGCGAAUGCAAGACCUUCUUCCGUGUGUGUCUGAAGCACUACCAGGCGAACAUCUCCCCCGAACCUCCGUGCACCUACGGCAGUGCCCUCACCCCUGUGCUCGGCUCCAACUCCUUCUCCAUCCCGAACGCGGAAGCAUUCAAUAACCCCAUUCGAUUCCCCUUCUCAUUCACCUGGCCGGGGACUUUCUCUCUGAUAAUCGAAGCCUUACAUGCAGACCCCACCGAUGACCUCAGCACAGAUAAUCCGGAUCGUCUUAUCAGCCGCCUGGCUACCCAGAGACACCUCGCCGUGGGGGACGAGUGGUCGCAGGAUGUCCAUAUUAGCACCAGGACAGAACUCAAAUACUCUUACCGCUUCGUCUGCGACGAGCAUUACUACGGGGAGGGCUGCUCCGUCUUCUGCCGCCCCAGAGAUGAUGCCUUCGGCCACUUCAGCUGCGGCGAAAAGGGUGAAAAGAUGUGUAACCCGGGCUGGAAGGGGACCUACUGCGAUGAAUCUAUCUGCCUUCCUGGCUGCGACAAACAACACGGAUUGUGCGAGAAACCUGGGGAAUGCAAAUGCGGGGUGGGAUGGCAAGGACGUUACUGUGAUGAGUGCAUUCAUUAUCCAGGGUGCCUUCAUGGAACAUGUCAGCAGCCUUGGCAAUGUAACUGUCAGGAAGGAUGGGGCGGUCUGUUUUGCAACCAAGACCUGAAUUAUUGUACACAUCACAAACCUUGCAAGAACGGAGCGACAUGCACAAACACUGGUCAGGGGAGUUACACUUGUUCUUGCCGCCCUGGCUUCACUGGGUCCAACUGUGAAACAGAGAUCAAUGAAUGUGAUGCUAAUCCCUGCAAAAAUGGUGGAAGCUGCACAGAUCUGGAGAACCAAUAUUCUUGUACCUGCCCACCUGGAUUCCAUGGGAAAAAUUGUGAACUGAGUGCUAUGAAAUGUGAGGACAGGCCCUGCUUUAAUGGAGGGAGAUGCUCGGACAGACCUACUGGUGGAUACAGCUGUCAAUGCCCAGCCAGUUACUCUGGGUUCAACUGUGAAAAGAAAAUUGAUCACUGCAGUUCUAGCCCUUGCACCAAUGAUGCUCAAUGUGUUGACAUUGGGAAUUCCUACAUAUGCCAGUGUCGCGAUGGCUUCAUGGGCAGAAACUGUAAUAUUGAUGCUGACAACUGUGCGAGUCUGCCUUGUCUUAAUGGUGGAACAUGUCAGGAUGGAGUUAAUGACUACACCUGCACCUGUCUGUCUGGAUUUAAUGGGAAGAACUGCAACAUCUCUCUCAGUAAAUGCCUCAACAACCCUUGCCACAACGGGGCGACUUGCCAUGAAAGAAAUGAUCAUUACAUCUGCCAGUGUGCCCAUGGGUAUGGUGGCCUGAACUGCCAAUUCCUGUUGCCAGAGCAUCCUCGGGAUCAAACUGUUAUCAUUGACGUUAAGGAUAAAUACACGGAUGCUGAGAACAAGGGCCAGUUCCCGUGGGUUGCCGUGGGUGCUGGGAUUAUUUUGGUCCUGAUGCUACUCUUGGGGUGUGCAGCAGUUGUUGUCUGCAUGCGGGUAAAGCUUCAGAAGGGCCAGCACCAGCCUGACAUCUCCAAGAGCGAGAUUGAGACAAUGAACAACCUUACUGAUUGCCAUCGUGAGAAAGACAUUUCCAUUAGCAUCAUUGCCGCCACACAGAUCAAAAACACCAACAAAAAAGUGGACUUGCAAAGUGAAAGCUCUGCAGAGAGAAAUGGCUACAAGGUCAAAUACCCUUCAGUGGAUUAUAAUCUGGUGCACGAGUUAAAGAAUGAAGACUUCCUUAAGGAGGAAAAUGAACGGGGAGAUGUCAAUACUCCGGAAUCGGAGCACAAAAAUGCUCCACAGCACAAUGGUGAACCAUCAGAAAGGAAGCAGCCAGAGUCCACAUAUUCUGCCUCAAAAGACAUCAAGUACCAGUCGGUAUAUGUCAUAUCAGAAGAGAAGGACGAAUGUAUAAUUGCAACUGAGGUGUAAAAUGGAAGGACAAUAAUUGCCUUGCCAAGAAGAGAUUUUUCUCCAAUAAACUGCUGCUUAGAUUGAACUGGUUCUCUGCCGAAACUGGCAAGAAAACUCGAAGGACAGACAGCAAGCCAGGACCUGUACUCGCCUGUUGCACUGCCUUUAAAUGGCAUUUAAAGAAGAAAAUCCAUUGCACUAUGGACCAACAGUUGCUUCCUGCAUUUUCUAAAUGGGCUUAAUGUCUGAACAGAAAGCCUGCACUGCCUUUGAGUGUAAAUUCAGGAGAAGUAUGAGAAAUGUUCUCGUACUGGAGAUGCAAAUGCUGCCUCCAAUGCCUUUCUUUAGACAUGGAACUAUUUUCUAAUGUGCGAGUGGAGGAGGAAAAGUAAACACAAGUAUUCUUUCAAGCGCCGAAAUAUUUUUAGAACUUGCUUGUGCAUUUAAAGGUUCUUGAAGUUCAUUUCACAUAAUUUAAAAUUCUGCUAUAUAUGUAAAAAGGAAAAGGCACUUCGGUUCUAUGUCUAUAUUUUGUACAUAUUCGUAUUUAUAGAAACAGGUGCAAAAAAUUAUUGGACUUGUUUGUAUUGGUUUUUUGUUACUGAAGAAAAGUGUUUUAUAAAUAUUUUUUCUAAAUAAAUGAAAUUGA